AUGGCUGAUGUUGAAUAUGUCAAGAAUCUCCAAGCUGCACGAAAAAUCUUGAGGGCUAGUCUGGAGAAAUCUAGUGCUAUUUCUUCGAAGCUAGAUGAAAUCGGGCCUAGAUUGGAAGACAUUCGGCGGAGAUUGCCAACUUUGGAAGCUGCAAUUAAACCUUUCUCCAUGCAAAAAUGUAGUUACUUUGCAAUCAGGGACCAAAUCAAUGGUGCCAUUGGCCCUGCUGCUGCUGUUCUCAAAGUCUAUGAUGUUGUUCGUGAACUUGAGGAGUCACUACUUCAUGAGUCAUGUGCUGAUCUUGCUGCUUAUCUUUCAUCUAUGAAGAUGCUAGAAGAAGCUUUGGGAUUCCUUGCUGACAACUGUGGGCUGGCCAUUCAGUGGCUUGAGGCCAUUGUUGAGUUUCGGGAAGACACUGUUUUUUCCAGUGAUCAAAGCCUCUUGAAUGUAAAGAAAUCUCUGAGGAUCCUACAUGAGUUGCAUGAAAUCAAGGAGCGUGCUCGUCUUGAGGGAGGACCUCUCAAUGCUGCAUUCAACAAACUUAAGACUGAAUUCAGAAGUCUGUUGAUGGAGAACAAUGUUACAACAACAACCUGUGCUACUUUAUUACCACUGACUAUGCCGGUAAUCCAAAAGCUUCAAGCCAUAGCUGGGAGAUUGGAUGGUGAUAUUCGGCUUGAAAAGUGCAUAGUCUUGUACAUUGAAGUUCGGAGUUUAAAUGCACAAAGAAGCUUGCAGGCACUUGAUCUGGACUACCUUGAGAUACAAGUCACCGAAUUCGAUGACAUCCAAAGCAUCGAGUCUCAUAUCGAUCAAUGGUGCAAGGAUUUGGACUAUGUUGUGACAGACUUAAUUGAGCUGGAGUACAAACUCUGUAACGAUAUCUUUGAGAAUAACAAAUCAGGUGCUUGGAAGCACUGUGUUGCAAGACUAGCUGAGGAAUAUAGACUCAUCUAUUUUCUUCAGUUUGGAAGGAAUGUCACUAAGAUGAAGAAAGACCCUCUCAAGCUCUUGAAGCUGCUAGAUAUAUUUGCACUUAUGGAAAGUCUAAGAUCAAAUUUCAACCGGCUAUUUGGUGGAGAGGCCUGCACUGACAUUCGGACCCUGACAAGGGAACUAGUGAAGGCAGUAGUGAACGGUGCUUACGAGAUUUUCCAGGAGCUUCCUUGUCAAGUGGAGAUGCAGCGGCGGUUUUCUCCGCCUUCAGAUGGUGGCAUUCCCGGGUUAGUAAGCUAUAUAACUAAAUACUGUGACCAACUACUAGGGGAUGACUAUAGGCCACUCUUGGCCCAGGUCUUGAAGAUUCGUCAGAGCUGGAAUCAAGAUGAGUAUGGAGAUGGUUUCCUUAGUAACCACAUUAUUAUCAUAAUGAAGGAAGUUGGGGUAAAUCUUGAUGCAUGGUCCAAGGCGUAUGAAGAUGUCUGCCUCUCCUACCUCUUUAUGAUGAACAACCAUUGCCAUUUCUGUCAACUAAAAGGCACAAAGCUCGGCGAUAUCAUGGGAGAUUCUUGGUUGGAUGCUCAUGAGCAGUACAGGGACAAUAGUGCAGCUCUCUACUUAAGAGAAUGCUGGGGAAAGCUGCUGCUUCUUAUAACUCGGAAGGAUUUAGAUUCAAUUCAGGAGUCUGAAAAGAAGCAGCUGAAAGAAUUCAAUGAGGGUUUCGAUGAAAGGUACAAGAAGCAAUCGAAUUGGGUCAUAUGUGACGAAAAUUUGAGGCAGAAAGUAUGCCAGAUUUUGGUGCAGGCAGUUGUACCAGCUUACAGGAGCUACAUGCAAAAGUAUGGUGUUUUGGUGGAACAAGAUGCAAGUGCUAGUAAAUAUGUGAAGCACACAACACAAAGCAUGGAGAAUAUGAUUACUUCCAUGUUUCAGCCAAAACUGGUUAAGAAGCAUUGCAGCACCAAAAAUAUACGCUUUGGUAAGCUGAAAAACCUGGUGCAAAAUCAAUUUCGUGUUACUCUUACAGCUAUGUGAUCCCCUCUAAAAGGUGAUGUGCAUGAUCUAGAAGAAAUAGAAGUAGUAUCCAUCAUUGGAUUCUUAAG